AAGCGCUUGUCCGACCGACGCGAUGCGAAUUUAUUCGAUCAAAUCGAACAAGCAGCAAAAUGGAACAGACAUUGGAAUGCGCCAUUUGCGGCGAAAGAUUUAACCAUGGUGUGACGGCCGUCUGCCGCAACGGCCAUCACUGGUGCCGGCGCUGUCUCGGAGACGCCGCGCAAGCGGCUACCCGCAACAUCACCGACGCGAGCUGCAUGCCGCCAAGGUGUUGUGGGGACGCGGUUCUCCCAACGAACGGUGCCCGGGACCACCGUGCCCUUCGUCAGCUCAGCGCUGGUGUGUUGGCUUCUUAGGAAGAAGCCGUCCGCCAGUUCCGGGAGCUGCGUGAGCCUGUCAGGCCUGGAUACCUAGUCGACCGCGGAAUGGUCCGGGUCGCUAUGAAUUCCAGGAACCCCCUCUACCAGUUCUGCCAGAACUGCGAGAGGCUGGUGGCAAGGCAAGAAGGCUGCAAUCACAUGACUUGUGUUUGCGGCCACGAAUUCUGCCUUAUUUGCGCGCGUCCAUGGGCUGCAGCUGACGAAGGGCAGGGCCUCUGCCACCCGUAUUACGGGGCGGAAGAUCAGCACCGGUUGCAAA